AUGUCGUCGUCCAAUUGGCUCCGAAAAUUCCUUGAUGAAGUACAAUUACCAGAUUUCUUUGAUGCAUUUAAGGACGUCUUACAAGUUACACAAUUGCAGCAUUUCAGCUAUGUACGUACUGCAGAUCUUCACAGGAUCGGUCUAAGUGCGCCCGCAAUUGCUAGGAUCAAAGCUGCAUUAAAAAUACAUCGUGAAAACGCUGGAAUACCCCACAAUCCACGGAAGAAAUUACACGGCCUUUCUUUUGGAAUUCCUCUAAUUGAUUUGAUACGAUAUGGACCCCCUCGCGAUGUUCCAAUUUUAACUCCUGGGUCUGAUUCCGGAUACAUUCGUCGAUGUCAUUCAGAUGCCACUUCUCCCCCUCUACCAUCCACUUCAGAUUCUCAUCUUCCUUGCCAACUCAUCCGACAAGAGGACGUGACCCUCCAUGAAGUAAAUCAUGGAAGACUGGGCUCUGGUUCCUUCGGAGUUGUCCGCAGAGGUGAUUGGAAGACACCCACUGGUCAAGUGUUACCUGUUGCCUUGAAAAUUCUUCGGCGCAGCAAGACCGAAGAUGCUGCAGAUUUCUUUUCAACUGUUCUUUCGGAGGUGAUGCUAAUGCAAUCUGUGUCUCAUCCCAAUCUCGUGCGAAUUUAUGGGAUUAUUCCUUUCAACCCUCUUGUUAUCGUAACUGAGUUGGCCCCUCUCGGAAGCCUUCUGACGGCCCUGCGAAUCCAUUCCCAUCGACUCUCAACCUCGUCUAUCCUCGAAGGUGGCGAUAAUGGAAGUAGUCGUCCUCCAGCGACAGCUUUCAGUGUAGACAUUCUCUGGGAUAUGAGCAUCCAACUUGCGCGUGGAAUGGCCCACCUCGCCUCCUGUUGCCUCAUUCAUCGCGAUUUGGCCGCUCGAAAUGUCCUCCUCUUUGGGGGUGGUUCAUCGUCUGCCAAAGGUGAUGAUUGUCAGCCUCGUGUUGGUGGAUUUGUGGUGAAAAUAGGGGAUUUUGGUUUACUUCGAAGGGGAAUGGUGAACUCGAGUGAGGAGGCAAUUGGAUCGAGUAGUACUGCCGAGGGAAGGGAUGAUCAAAAGAUCCCUGGAUAUGUUUACACUGGAGUGGGGAAACAGAAAAUUCCUUUCGCUUGGAGUCCUGUCUUCUUGCUGUCGAUGCACCUGUCUAAUCCUCUUAAAUCCGCCAAGGAAAGCUCUGACUGGGGAAUUCGCACCUUGGGUGUUGACCCACGCGAGGAGAGCCCAUUGAAGUACGAGAUUCGAUUUCUUCCAUCGGUGCGUGUAUGUGUCACUCACGAAAUAUAUGUUGAUGGUUUGUUAAAAGAUUCUUUGGAAGCGGCUUGCAUUAACUCCCAUAAUAUUUCUGAUGUGCCGGGUGCGUCUGACUUUGUUAAGCAUUUUAUCGCAUUGUCAACGAUCAUUGGCAUGGAGUUGGCAGCUUUGCACUUCCAUUGUUUACAAACAAGCCUCACCUCUGAUGCGCCUUUGACAGCUGUUAAAGCUGCUAACCCCUCGCCUGGCCGGCCAAAGUCCCCGCCGGAGGCGAUCAAAGCUCGCCUUUUCUCCCAGGCCUCAGACGUGUGGAGUUGGGGAGUGACUGUGUGGGAGAUGUGGAGUGGUGGCGCCGAGCCAUGGCCCACUUUAGGCUCCGACGCUAUCCUCUCUGAACUCAAAUCGGGACGCCGUCUGGCCUGGCCUCGAACAGCCUGUCCACGGAGGCUCUACCAACUCCUCCUGGCCACUUGGCGAUUCGAGCCCGCUCAACGACCCUCCUUCGAGUACCUGGUGGAUCGAAUGGAUAAGAUACGCCCCUCGGAGGUUGUGGCCACGCAAAGUUUCGACGAGGCCGAUAGGAUGGACGUGAUGGCGGGAGAUCGUAUUCUAGUCAUCGACGGUGGAGCAGCCAACUUUUGGUGGCGUGGACAGAACAGACGCACCGGUGAAAUCGCCUCCUUUCCGCGAGAAAUUGUUCGUUUACAGCGCAAUCUACAAUCUCAAGACAUUAGUCGACCAAUUGAGAAUUCCUUUGUUCACGUUGGUCACCAUGGCUUUGAAGGCCGCGCUUGGGGACACGUGGACCACAUCGAUCCAUCCUUCCUCUCUGGCGUGACGCUUCACCAUGCCGACACUCUGAGUCACGCCUACGCUCGUCAACCCCUCACCCCCUCGGCCACUCUCAACUCCCAGUCCUCCUGGAGACCUCUGCGUGACACGCCUUCCAGUGGAAAUGGAUCGGGGACUACGCAUUCUGUAGCAGGCUUCGCCGAGGACCCCGAACUCGAUAAAGACGCCCCACGCGUUAAUGGCUAUGAUGAAGUUGAAGAUGAGGAUGAAAGGAGGCUGUUGGACUCCUCUCCGAAUGGAGUUAUUGGAAGGCAGAGACUGCCCCCAAUGUCAGCGGAUUCCUCCUCUAUUGCCUCAAAAUUAACCAAAGCCGAUCCUGAAGAAGGAUUUAAAAAGCACGCUCUCUUAAGCUUAGAAGUUACUCUCCUAGGCAACAAUCCUUUGUUCUCUGCCAGCUGCGUUUUUUGGCGUCUUCGCGUCUUGGGAUAUCUGCACGCAAUGACCUGGAAGACCCAAGUUAAGCACACCAAGUUUUUUGCUGAACUUUGCCUUUACGUACUAGAGUCAAUUGGGAAGAGGCGAGACCUACGCCAGCAGUUGGAGGAUUUGGAGGCGUCUCUUCGAUACGAGGCCUACCAGUACUACACGAUGAGCUCCUCAGUACCUGCCCCCGUUUCAUCAUCUGCAGCUGCUUCUGCCUCUCGUCAACCCCUCUCCUCCACUCCCUCCUCCUCCUCUAGGUCACGGAGUAGUAAUAAAGCUAAGGAUGGCGUUCGCAGUGAUGGCGGCAGUGGUGAUUGGUCAGCAUGUGCACCUUCGCAGACGUCACCAACUUCCUCUCAUGCCCCUCUUAUCGAUCUGGACAGGAGUGCCGAGAACAGUGCGGACACAUUCCCGAUCCCAUCAGCUCCAAUUUACCAAUCGCAUCAAACCACUCCAGCUCGGAACCCCUACUUCCAGGCCGCCUGGAACGCUUGGAUGCACCAAUCAGGUUCAUCCAUUCCUCCUGUCCCCCCACACCCAAUGACCACCACUUCUUCCACCAAUUCCGUGCAUCCGGGACCCGAAGAUGUGGAACACAUCUGCAGACUCUUUGAUGCAACCGCGGUUGCAAACCCGCCACACAGGCCACUCCAACAAUGCGAGCGAGAAGUUCUAGUUGGAGCUACGACUCCCUCGAAUCCGUUCCUCACUCCCCAGUCCUCCGUCCCCUCUGAUCCCGUGAGUUCCUCUCCCACUCUUUCCUCAUAUUUGCCCGGUUCAUUUAACUUCACGGCAUACAGCACGACAAUUUUCGAUAAUUCCGAAGUGGAGAUGGUGGCUAAGAGACUUCCAGGUGGAUGUACCCUUGCAGAAGCCCGUGAGGCUCUCAACUGUGCCAUCAAUUCACCAACUGCGCGAGACAUCAUUCACCUCCACACUCCUCCUCCACUUGCAGACGUUUUAGCUCCUGGAGCACGUGACUGGCGGGUCAAGGUCGCUUUGCGUCUUCUCCUCUUGCGCCGAUUGGUGCGCCUACAACUUUGCACUGACCUUGAAACCUGCUGGUCCGCCUUGGAGAAGGCUGAUUGGUCGGUGGAGAAAGCUGUGGACUUUCUCAUUUACGGUUGA